CGCGGGCUUUGUAGGUAGCGGGUACCACCGAAGGCUGACCUCGUAUAAUUCGCCCAACCUGAAUUUGAGCAGAAAAUGGCGAUCACCCAGGUGUAAUGGUGAUCAGAGGACUGCACUAUCGUUUCAUAUCCUCUAUCUGGUAUCUCACAACCCUAUUGCUUUUUUGCUUUCUUUUUUCGUAGAUUAUUAUAUUUUCUUGAGAAAACGUUUGAUGUCUGGUAGCUAAAUCGUUUGAUCUAAUGCGCAUAAGAGAAAGUAAAACAUUAAGACAAAAAGGAACACAAAUUUGAAUUUGGUAUAGGUAGUUGUGGUAGUAGAAAGAGCUUAGAACGAUGGAACCAAUAGAAUCCACCGACGAGUUGCAAAACUCACGAACGCCCCAAAAGAGAGGCUUUAGGCUUAGACAGGGAAUGGAGGACAGUUAUAGCUAUAAAUCAUCUGUAGCGAGAGCUCCGCGUACACGUUCUCAGGUAGCUCCGGUUUGGACCAACAAAGAAGCUCUCAUUCUCGUCAAUGAGAUCGCUGCCGUUGAAGGGGAUUGUUUGAAAGCGUUGUCUUCCUAUCAGAAAUGGAAAAUUAUCGUUGAAAACUGUACUGUGAUGGACGUAUCACGCACUUUGAAUCAGUGCCGGAGCAAGUGGAACUCACUACUGGCUGAAUACAACCAGAUCAAACAAUGGGAUUCCAAGUCGAAGACUGAAUCGUAUUGGUUAUUGGAUUGUGAGACGAGAAAACAAUUCCGACUUCCAGAGAGUUUUGAUAAAGAUCUGUUUAAAGCUAUUGACAAUUAUGUAAGGGCCCAGAAGGACCACGCGGAUACUGACCCAGAUACUGAUCCCGAAGUAGAGGCCAACCUUCUUAAUGUAAUAGCAAAACUAGGACCCAAGAGACAAAGGCGGCGGUCAGUGGUUCUGAAAACCCAACAAGAAGAAAAACAUCAAAUUUGCUUAACGAUAGAACAGCCCCAAGAAGUCCAUAUUGAUGAAGAAUCACAGAAAAAUUGUGAGGAAGAAAAUCAUCAGAUGAUCGGCGAAAAGCCACAGCCUCAGAUAGUCCACGUGGAUGAGGAACCUCAGGAAAGUCGUGUGGAAGAUAAGCCUCAGGAGUCCUGCAGAAAGGAAGAGGCUCAAAAAAUCAAUGCUGAAGAGAAAUAUCAAAAUAGUCUUGUGGAAGAACAGCCUAAAAGUAUUCGCAAACGAAAAAAGAAGACAGCAUGCAUGCAAGAAACAGAGAAAAUGAUGGUGGAGAGAUUGUGUGAGAAUGCAGAAUUGAUCCAUGCUAUAGCUCAAGGCAACGUCCCAGGAAUAGCAGAGUUCCAAACUGAUUUUGUACGGCGCCAGGGGGACAAGCUGAUUGCAUGCCUGGGGGAUAUUGUAGACAUCCUUGGCCAGUUUCCUUAUCUUGUCCAAGAAUAAGACUAGCUGAUGAAUAGAGUUAAUUUACUUCCUAUCAAAGUUCUGGAGUUGUUAAGUAGACUAGAAUCAGUAGUGUUGCCAUCUUGUUUAUGAUAUAAAAUCAAUUCCAUAGGUUCCUCUGACUUUGCUGUUGAUGGUGUACAUGUGUAAACAUGUAUUUUCUCAGUCUAGUCUUCAUUUUUUUUCCUCUGAG